AUGGCGAAUAUUUUGCGGCCCAGAUUUUUCGAUGUCCUGUUAAAGGGCUCAAGAAGGCUCUCCACAUCCGGAAGAUCUUUUGCGGACCUCAAUCUCACAUUCGCUUCCACGGCCCGCGUGUUUUAUGAAAAUAAAGUCGUUCGGCAGGUGGAUGUGCCAACGCUAACUGGUCGCUUUGGCAUAUUAGCCGAGCACGUUCCCACUAUUGGUUGCCUAAAGCCGGGCAUUGUAACAGUAACAGAAGAGGAUGGCUCGGUCAAAAACUAUUUUGUUAGCAGUGGGAUUGUGACCGUCAACAGUGAUUCCACAGUACAAGUUCUUGCCGAAGAAGCUGCAACGCUUGAUCAGCUUGACUCACAGGCAAUCCGGGAGGGAUUAACUCGAGCUCAGUCAGAAUUGGUUUCGGCGCAGUCAGAAGCAGCCAAGGCAGAAGCACAGAUAGCAGCCGAAGCUUACGAGGAGCUGUCAAGAGCUGUGGAAAACCGCUCCUAA